AUGGCCAUGGCCGACACAACCCCCACCCCCACCCCUACCACAACCCCUACCCCGCUGGUCAUCGUCGUCGGUCUGGGCCUCGCAGGCCUAACGACCGCAAUCGAAUGCCACCGCAGGGGCAUCAACGUGCUCGUGCUGGAGAAGGUCACUGAGCUCAAACACGAUGCCAACCCCCCAGCCGGCGACGGCAUCUUCAUGCCCCCCAACGCCGCCCGCGUAAUCUCGCGCUGGGACACCCAAGUCCAGACCGAGAUCGCAGCGAACAAAAACGACUCCACGCACGCCGACUUCUUCGACGACGCCGACGCCUUCAUCGUCCGCAACGAGGUCCCUGGCAAGGGCCGCGGCUUUCUCACGAACCGCGGCAAACUGGUGCUCAUCCUCUACGCGUACGCCCUGCGCCUGGGCAUCCAAAUCCGCCUGGGGACUCGCGUUGCGGAGUACUGGGAGGACGAAGCUAGCCAACACGCAGGUGUUCUUCUGGACACAGGCGAGCGCGUAAGCGGCGACUGCGUGAUCUGCGCGGACGGCGUGCACGGGAAGGCGCGGGCGUAUGUGACGGGCUCGACCACCACCCGUGGCGCUGAGACGAACCUCGGCUUCGCGACGUUCCGCGCGCAUCUACGCACCGACACGCCCUCGUUCAUCGCAGACCCAGAAGCGCAGUGGAUCGUGCGGGACUCAGAAACCCAAGACCGCACGUACAUGUGGUUCGGGGCCGGCGUGAACCUGUCCAUGAUGACGCUCAAGCACGGGCGCGAGAUCGUGUGGAUGACAACACACCGGGACACCUACGCCGCAACGGAAACGGAGGCCUGGGCCGGCGGGCCCGCCUCGCACGCGCAUCUCGCCGACGUCUUCGACUGCAUCAGCCACUGGCCCGGCCGGGCGCGCAUCGAGUCGAUCGUGCGGCAUACCGAUCCCGCCAAGCUCGUGAACCACCCUCUUGUGUACCGCGCGCCGCUGAAAACGUGGCGCUCGGGUGGUGGGCGCGUGAUGCUGAUCGGGGACGCGGCGCACCCGUAUUACCCUGUUGUUGGGCAGGGCGGGGCGCAGGGGGUUGAGGACGGGGCGGUUGUUGCGGUUGCGCUGGCGCGGGCGGGGAGGGAUGUUAGGCUUGCGCUGGAGGUUGCGGAGCGGAUCAGGUAUCCGCGGGCCAGUGUGAUUCAGCUGGGGAGCAGGGAGUUCCAGGCUAGUGUGCUGGAGCCGGACUGGGAGGCUGUGAGGAGGGAUCCGGGGAUGUUUCGGCUGCCGAAUCCGGAGUGGAUCUUUGAGCAUGAUUGUGUGGCGUUUGCGGAGGCGGAGUAUGAGGCUGUUGUUGAGUGUGCGCGUGAGGGGGUGCAGUAUGUGCCAAAGAAUAUUCCGGAUGAUGGCGUUUAUCGUGUUGAGGAUACGUAUGGGGGGGAGAGGUAG